GAGGGAAAAGCAGUGAUCUUCAUGCACAGUCCAAUCUGGAGCGGUCCGAUGGCGUUUCGUCUCUGGACAAUACCAGUGCAAGAGAGUCAUAAAUUAACAGAUUAUCUAGCAUGUUUUUUUUCGGUCGCAGUAUUCUUGAACAUAUAUGGUAUAAAAUCUGUUAGAUAGGAGAGAAAUUCCAGUACAAGGUUACAGUUUAUUAGGAACAGUCUAUAGUUUUUAUUUGCGGUUUAUUGUUAUAGAAAGUAAGCGGAUUUAUCCACAAAACGGCUGGCGAUAUUGUCAGAAAAAAGAGGAAUAUUAAACCACAUUGUACCGUAAAGACUGCAGUAUAUUCCGAGGAAACGUGGAGCGUUUAACCGCCUUAUCCUCCUAAAAAAACUAGAUAAAGCGGAGCAGUACAGCGCAGUAAUCCCACCGAAAAGAGCGCAGCGGUUCACCGCGACAGCCUUCACCGGCGUCCCGGCGCCCAGGAGCGGCUUCGGGAGCUACGCGAGUCCCGAUGCUCCCGGCCUUCUCCACCCCAGCGGGCCGCAAUGGGGGAGACGAAAAUUAUCUACCACCUGGACGACCAGGAGACUCCAUACCUGGUCAAAGUGCCAGUCCCGGCCGAAGAAGUCACUCUGGCCCACUUUAAACAAGUCCUCAAUAAACCCAACUAUAAAUUUUUCUUCAAGUCAAUGGACGAUGAUUUCGGGGUUGUGAAGGAAGAGAUAUCGGAUGAUAACGCCAAGCUGCCAUGUUUCAACGGCCGUGUAGUGUCAUGGUUGGUCUCUGCCGAUGGCUCUCACGGCUCAGAUGGAGGUUCAGUGUGUGCAGAGACUCAGGCUGAUCUUCCACCUCCAUUAGAGAGGACAGGGGGCAUUGGAGACUCCAGACCACCCUCCUUCCAUGCCAAUGCAGCGGGCAGUCAGGACAAUCUGGACAAUGACACAGAGGCCGACGUCGGCACUUCAGUUCGGAGAGACAGAGAACGAGACAGGGAGAGAGAAAGAGAGAGACCACGUAGGAAAGACACCCAUGACCAUGGAGGCAGGUUGAAUGGUCACUCUCGGCCUGAGCGCAGGCCAGAGAUCGCAGGUUAUGAGACCUCUUCCACGCUCAUGAGCAGUGAACUGGACACCACCAGCUUCUUUGACUCUGAGGAGGACGACUCAACUAGCCGCUUCAGCAGCUCUACAGAGCAAAGUACAUCAUCACGGCUCAUGAGACGACAUCGCCGUCGCCGACGGAAAACCAAACCACCACGGAUGGAAAGGUCAUCCUCCUUCAGCAGCAUCACUGACUCCACCAUGUCUCUGAACAUCAUCACUGUCACAUUAAACAUGGAGAAGUAUAACUUCCUUGGCAUCAGCAUCGUGGGUCAGAGUAAUGAGAGAGGUGACGGUGGGAUCUACAUUGGCUCCAUCAUGAAGGGUGGAGCCGUAGCAGCCGACGGACGCAUCGAGCCAGGCGAUAUGCUACUCCAGGUGAACGACAUUAACUUUGAGAACAUGAGCAAUGACGAUGCCGUGAGGGUCUUGAGAGAAAUAGUGCACAAACCAGGCCCUAUCACGCUGACUGUGGCCAAGUGUUGGGACCCAAAUCCCCGCAGCUGCUUUACCUUGCCUCGCAGUGAACCAAUCCGCCCAAUUGAUCCUGCUGCCUGGGUGUCUCACACCGCUGCAAUGACUGGGGCAUACCCAGUGUAUGGCCUGAGCCCUUCAAUGAGCACCAUCACCUCCACCAGCUCCUCCAUCACCAGCUCAAUUCCAGAGACUGAACGCUUCGAGGACUUCCAUUUGUCCAUUCACAGUGAUAUGGCAACUGUUGCUAAAGCAAUGGCAUCUCCAGAAUCAGGGCUGGAGGUGCGAGACCGGAUGUGGCUGAAAAUAACCAUCCCAAACGCCUUUAUAGGUUCAGAUGUGGUGGACUGGCUCUAUCAUCAUGUGGAAGGUUUCACAGACCGGCGCGAAGCACGGAAGUAUGCGAGCAACUUGCUGAAGGCUGGCUACAUUCGCCACACUGUCAACAAAAUCACCUUCUCCGAGCAGUGCUAUUAUAUUUUUGGAGACCUCUGUGGCAAUAUGGCUAAUCUCUCCUUGCACGAUCAUGACGGUUCGAGUGCAUCUGACCAGGACACUCUUGCCCCCCUGCCCCACCCAGGAGCUGCUCCAUGGCCCUUUGCUUUCCCUUAUCAGUACCCCCUCCCUCAGCCCUACAGUCCCCACCCAGUGCAAGACCAAGCCUACAGCUACACAGGAGGAGGAGGAGGAGGAGGCAGCGGUGGCAGCCCACACAGUGAAGGGAGUCGCAGCAGCGGUUCAAACCGCAGUGGUAAUAAGGCUGGUGCGUUGGAGACAAAGUCAGGCGGUAGUGGUAGUGAGACUGAAAAAAGAGAGAAGGCGCCUAGUGAGCGCUCAGCAGCCCCCCCUAGUGAGCACAGUAUCCACAGCGCCCACAGCGCUCUUUCACAAGGCCAAAACUCAUCGUACGGACCUCCUGCAACUGCCGCACCAGGUUCUCCCCCAGGCCGAGACCUGGCAUCAGUGCCCCCCGAACUCACAGCAUCCCGCCAGUCCUUCCGCAUGGCCAUGGGCAACCCCAGCGAGUUCUUCGUAGACGUCAUGUGAUGCACUUCAGGUGACUAAUAGACACCUGACACUCAUGCGGAUAGAGAGAUUUCUGGAAAAUGUGCUAAGUACCCUUGUAAGUGAUGAAGACAAGGGCUGCCAAGUGUUCUAUUGCAUUGUCCCUCCCGUGUCCUGUGACUUGUACUUUCUUCAGUGAAGAAGACUGGGAUUGAUGGAGCUUGUAUCCCUGUGCCCUACAGAGGCUCUGUGGGAUAGAGGGAUGGGCUCAGAGUGGCAUGAAUACUUUCUGUGUGGUGUCCAUUUUUUAUGUCCUGCAUUUCUGUCUGGCUUUUUCCUUUUGCAUAGUUUCUUAAUCUCAUCAAGAGCCGUUUUUAUCAAAGAUUACAAAACAGAGACCAGGGAGAGGGAAGAUGGAGGUAGUGCCUCUCUCUGUGGCUUUUACUUUUAAAGGAUGAAGUGAAAUACUUUCAUAAAAAUACAAAUGAAAAAAAUGCUAACAUGAGAAACUAUAGACAAUUGUUUUAUUUUUGACUUGUCUUCUUGUACAUUCUCUGUCAGUAAUCAUAUGAAGAGUGGGAAAGAGAGGGAGUGUUUUAAUUAAACAGUGUUUUAAUUACAGUGGGGUCUCAGGGGUGGGAGUUCUCCUACUAGAGGCCCCUUAUUUGUUCUUAAAAUCAGACCAACGGGGUCUAAGAUGUUUACUGUAUUACAAAUAAAUGUGAUUAGGUAACCUAUAUGUAUGUAGAAAAAGUCUCCUUGUGUACCAAUUAUUUGUUUAUGAAUGCAGUUUUGAUGUUAUAGCACACAACCAGAGCCUACAAGAAAAUUUAAAUGUUACUAAAAACCAUCAUAAAUCAUUUGUCCAAAUUAUUAAUAGAGUACUUUAACCGAAUUGAAGUACAGAAUACAACUAUAAUAGAAACAACUCCCAAUGGUCUACUCUCACAACUUAAGUACCUACUAGAGGAAGAAUCACUGUUUUGUUUUUUCCUGGGUUUGAUUACAAUAUCACAAUCAGUUUUGCACAUUCAAAUAGCAAUAUGCGCAGUAGGCUGUGUACGCUUUAGAUACUACCAUUUAUCAGAACAGGCCACGCCCAUGCCAAAUUAGGAGCGUCAGAAUGUUCUGUUAUUUUAGGAGCCUCAGUGUAAUUUAAAUACUGGCUAAAAACCAUGAGUUAUUAAGUAAAUUGGUAUUCAUAUUUUGUCUUUAUUUAUUUGGAUGUCAGAAAGAUAAUUUCGGAUCCAGACUAAGCAUCUGUUCAGACUCACUUUUCAUCACGAUAACGGAAAUAAUUGAAACUUGAAACCCUAACUUUUUUUUUUUAAUCUACAGGUUUAUUGUAUGUUCUUCCAGAAGGAUUAAAACACACACACACAAAGAAACCACUUGUAUUGUAUAUAACUAAAUAUUAGCACACAUCUAAACAUUAAAAUCACAUAAAUGUGACCCUAUUAGAUUAAUGUGUAACGUGUCAAGUUAAAAAAAAAUUCAGACUAGUGAUUUUUAAAAUUAAAAAUAAAAUUUUGAUUAAUAUUCUGGGUUUAAUUACCAGAGUAGAGAUUGUCUUAGUGCAGAAUUAAUCACUUUUUUAAUUUGUUAAUGAACUGACUGAACUGCAGACUGUGAGGCAAAUCUGUGACCCCUUCCAUGUCCUUCUCUUUCUUACUCUUCCAAAAGCAAUGCGUCACAUAAAUCUGUCUGUUUUAUCAAUUACAUUAACAUCCUGUAUUUUUGCAGUCUAAUGGUUCUUUGUAUUUCUGUAAACUCAUUUUUUUUUCCAAAAUACAUUUAUCACAGGUUUUUAAUGAUUAGAAACUGAUGCUGUUUAGUAUCAAAUGGUUCAAUAUUAAUAAUCGCUGUACACUGUUUUAUGCCAAAACAAAUUGUUUUUAUUUAUAAACAUAGUUUUAUUGCCAA